CCAGCUGAUAACUGUGUCCAUGUGGCCGGAAGAGCAUAAAAUCACAGCCACACAACAUUGCCAUGUGUGCGUCUGCUGCGGCCUGCCAUGUCAUCACAGCUGGACGUGUCGCUGAGGGUCAGAGGUCAGGCGGCGACCGGCUGCAGGAUCGCGGUCAGUGGGCCAGCAAAGCUGAAUUCCUGCUGGCUGUUGCUGGACAGAUUAUCGGUCUGGGUAACGUUUGGCGAUUCCCAUAUCUGUGCUACAAGAACGGAGGAGGUGUGUUCUUUGUGCCGUACAUGUUAUUCCUGGUUGUGUGUGGCAUUCCGCUCUUCCUGCUGGAGACGGCGCUGGGUCAGUUCACCAGUCUGGGAGGAGUCGGCGCCUGGAGGAAAAUCUGCCCACUUUUUGCAGGUCUGGGUUACGCCAGUCAGGUGAUGAUCUUACACAGUUGUGUGUAUUUCAUCAUUAUUCUGGCCUGGGCGUUUUUCUACCUGUGCAGCAGCUUCCAGACGCCACUUCCCUGGGCACACUGCAACAACACCUGGAACACAGAUUCCUGCAUGGGCUUUGAGCGACACAACAUCAGCGAUGUCUCUGAAAACGCCACGUCUCCAGUCAUUGAGUUUUGGGAGCGUGAGGUGUUGGAUCUGUCUGCGAGUGUAGAUCAUCUGGGCUCGGUGAACCUUCGUCUGGCCUUCUGUCUGCUGCUGGUGUGGGUCGUCUGCUACUUCUGUAUCUGGAAAGGAGUCAAAUCCACCGGCAAGGUUGUGUAUGUCACAGCCACCUUCCCUUACGUGAUGCUGCUGGUGUUGUUGGUUCGUGGGGUGACGCUCCCCGGCGCCGUGGACGGGAUUAUUUAUUACCUGAAACCCAAUCACACACGGCUGACAGACCCACAGGUAUGGAUGGAUGCAGGGACUCAGAUCUUCUUCUCAUAUGGCAUUGGUCUGGGAAGUCUCACCGCUCUGGGCAGCUAUAAUAAAUUCAACAACGACUGUUACAAGGACUGUUUCAGACUGUGUCUCCUCAACAGUGGCACCAGUUUUGUGGCAGGAUUCGCCAUUUUCUCGGUGCUCGGCUUCAUGGCGCAGGAGCAGGGUGUGGAUAUCGCAGACGUGGCGCAGUCAGGUCCUGGUCUAGUGUUCAUAGCGUAUCCGCGGGCCGUUUCCAUGAUGCCUGUGCCGCAGCUGUGGGCCGUGUGUUUCUUCCUCAUGAUCAUCAUGUUGGGUCUGGACACUCAGUUCGUCAGUCUUGAGGCGCUGAUGAUGUCGGUGUCGGAUCUGUAUCCCGCAGUCAUCCGUAAAGGUCGCCGGCGUGAGCUUCUGCUCCUGCUCGUGUGUUCAGUGUGUUUCCUGCUCGGGCUUCUGAUGGUGACGCCGGGAGGCCUGUAUGUGUUUCAGAUCUACGAUCAUUUCUCCUGCAGCGGAGCCAGUCUGCUGCUGCUGUCCGUCUGUCAGUCAGUGGCCAUCGGAUGGAUCUACGGUGCUGAGCGCUUCAGCAGGGACAUCGAGGCCAUGAUCGGUUACCAGCCGCUCGGCAGCUUCAGGCUGUGCUGGCGUUACCUGACGCCCGCCGUGUGCAUCGGCACGUUCGUGUUCUCGCUGAUGUGCUGGUCUCCGCUGACCCUCGCCAACGGCGUGACGGCCCCUGGAUGGGCCUCAGCGAUGGGCUGGACGCUGACGCUGUCCUCCGUGUCUCUUCUGCCGGUCUGCGCGCUCUACACCCUCAUGAACACACCGGGAAACCUUCAGCGUCUCCGCCUGCUGUGCCGCCCCGCGCUGGACUCACGCUGACAGACGAGCACCUUUCUAAUGCUGGACAUGCUUGACCUCUGACCUCGGCACAAAGAAGCCCAAAGAGCCAAUUAAGGACGUGGUGUAAUCGAGUGAAACUGAACAGAUCUGAUGUAAAGAAACCAGCGUUUGCUCUGAUAGGAGGAGCCGUAUGUGAGACUGUAGUGAAACAGCUGGAAGGUGAAAGAAACUCUGUGUCUUCAUAACAAGCUUCUCUUUAUGUUCCAGUUCUGUGUUCACCUAUGAUGGUGGACAUUUUGACAGGAUAUUCAAUAAUUUGAGCAUAUCAUCUAAAAUACCUGGAUGACCUACUAUACGUUUGCAUCAGUCAAAACGCUUGAUCUUCCAUUUCCAGUGUGAAUGAACCAUGAAUCUUCUUCUUGACUCAGACUGCAGAAAGAUUAAUAGAUGUCAUUUUCUGAAUUACACAUCAAUGGUAAAUGUAGUAGCAUGUUAUUAAAGCUUAAAAUUUUCAAUGAAAUAUGAAAAUAUAAAAAUAAAAGCUAAUUCAAAAUAAUAAUAAAUACUAUAAUAGUAUAUAAAUAUGAAAAAAAUAACAGAUUCAG